AUUGCUGUGUGCGACGAGGGCAGGGCCAUGUGGCAGGUGUAUCUGGACAGGCACGACUACGCCAUGGCCCUCUCCUUCUGCCGCACACCGCUCCAACGCGACCGGGUAUAUGCAGCCCAGGCAGAGUCAGCGUUCAAGGAUGGGGACUAUGAAAGAGCCGCCACCUUCUUUGCUCGGACGGCCCACCAGGUGCCAUUUGAAGAGGUGGCGCUCAAAUUCGUGGAGGCAGGGCAGCAGGACGCCCUGAGGAGCUUCCUACUGCACAAGCUGGACCACCUACCAAAGCAGGAGCGCGCGCAGAUGACCAUGGUGGCCACGUGGGCUUCAGAACUGUACCUUGACAAGAUCAACCGGUUGUUGCUGCAACUGCCACCUGACUUUGAGAAGCACGAUUCGAUAGCUACCAAGUCCGAGUCCAGUUCUGCUGCUGCUGCUGCUGCUGCUGCUGCUGCUGCUGGUGCUGCUGGUGCUGCUGGGGAAGGAAGCAGGACAGGAGCGGAAGGAUCAAGGACGGGAGGUUCGAAGGAGGGUUCAGGAGUGGAAGGGUUGAGAGAGGAGUAUAGAAGGGUGGUGGCGGCGUUCAGAGCGUUCCUCAGUGACUGCAAGGACGUGCUGAAUGAGGCCACCACUGUAAAGCUGCUCGCCAGCUAUGGUCGGGAGGAGGAGCUGGUGUACUUUGCAGGACUGAAGCAGCGGCACGAGACAGUCAUCGAACACUUUAUUCGGCAAGGCGAUGCUGACUCAGCAAUCGCCGUGCUGCGCCGACCCUCAGUGCCUCUAGAGCUUCUGUACAAGUUCUCACCAGCACUCGUGCUCCUGGCUCCUUCCAGCACUGUUGACCUCUGGAUCAUGUCUGCCUCUGCUGCCUCCGCUCCUGCUUCUGCUACUUCUUCUUCUGCCGGUGCUGCUGCCGCUGCAUCUGCUGCGGCAGGGUUCGAUCCUCGUCGGCUUAUCCCAGCAAUCAUGCGUUGUGCUACUGCCUCUAGUGGUGCUGCUACGGCUGCCACUGUUACCAGCUACCAGCCAAAUGAAGCCAUCCGCUUUUUGGAGUUUUGUGUGCACAGGCUGGGAUCCAGAGAUCCUGCCAUCCACAACCUGCUGCUCUCUCUCUAUGCUGACCAGGCGAAUGAAACAUCCCUGGUCAACUUCCUCUCUUGGAUCCCCCCUCCUCCACCACCACACACCCUCCUCCUCUCCUCCACCCCUUCCUUCCCCACCAUCCCCUCCUCCUCCUCCUUCUCCUCCUCCUCCUCUCCCUCUGCAGCAGCCGCAGCAGUAGGGGCAGCAGGCCGCUCCCCUGCCGUCACACCCACCGGCACCACACUCAACCUCUCUCCAAGCCUAGCCAAUGCUGGUGGCAGUGGUGGCAGCAGCGGAGACACAGGAGGAAGAGGAGCAGGAGGAGCAGCAGCAGCUGGGGCAGCAAGGGGAGGGGUAAUUUACGACCCUAAGUUCGCUUUGAGGGUGUGUUUAGAGCGAAGGAGGAUGCGGGGGUGUGUUUGCGUGUACAGUACCUUGGGAAUGCAUCAAGAGGCAGUAGCUCUAGCUCUCCAGAUUGACGUGGCACUGGCGAAACGAGAGGCCAAUAAGGCGCGAGAACAGGAUCUCAAGCAAUCGCUCUGGCUAAUGAUAGCGCGCCACGUCAUCGAGCAAGGGCUAGCAGGCCGAGCUGUGAUUUGCGGAGAUGAUACAGGCAGGAGUGAGAGGGAAGGGGAGGAGGAGAAGGAGAGUGGGAGGGGGGAUGAGAAGGGGAGGGAGAAUGAGGAGGAGAGUGCAAUGCGGCAAAACGUUCGGAGAGCAAUUGCCCUUCUGAAAGAAACCGAGGGUUUGCUGAAAGUCGAGGACAUUCUGCCUUUCUUCCCGGAUUUCACCUUGAUAGACGAUUUCAAAGAUGCUGUGUGCGAGUCAUUAGAGGCGUAUGGACAAGAGAUUGACCGGCUAAAAGCCGAAAUGACCGAGGCGACCCGGGCGGCGGACACAAUCCGGAGGGACAUCCAGGCGCUGAGUCAGCGCCACGUCAUCGUGUCCACGCGGGAGACCUGCGGCGUCUGCUCUCGUCUGAUUCUCGCCGCCCCGCCUCCCCAGAAAACGCUGCUGGCCGGCUCUGCUGCACCUGGCGCUGCUGCUGGUGGUGGUGCUGGUGCUGCUGGUGGUGGGGGCGUUGGUGGUGGUGGUAUUUCGGGUGCAGCAGCAGCAGUAGCAGCAGCAAGCCUGGCAACAGCAUCAGCAGCAGGAGCAGCAGAGGCAACGCCCUUCUAUGUGUUCCCCUGCUCCCACGCCUUCCACAUUGACUGCCUGCUCACCCACGUGGUUCAACACUCUGAUCCAUUUCUGAUGGAGCAUGUGUUGGAGUUGAAGCGGCAGCUGCUGGGAGUGCUGGAGACCCCGAGGAGGGGUGGCAAGCAACGAGGCGCAGGAGCAGGAAUGGGAGGAGCAGGAGUAGAGGGAGACAGUGACGUGGUGGACAUUCAUGCGGGACUAUCUCCGAUUGAUAAGGUGCGGCUGCAGCUAGAUGAAGCGAUUGCCAGUGAAUGCCCUUUUUGCGGUUCACUUAUGGUGGCUAGCACAUCUGAGCCGUUGAUCGCUGCUCAUGAAGGAAAUGUGUUAGACGCAUGGAGCAUUUGA